AAUAUUAAAAAUGAUUAUUUUCGUGAAGAGCGCUCCUAAACUUGGUCACAUUUUAUUUGAUCCACUUGAUUAUGAAGCUAAUCUUCCAAGAGAGAUUACAAGUGAGACAGAAAGUACUACCGGCAGUCAAUAUUUACGAUCGAACCUAACAAUUCAAAAUUUAACUACAAAAGCGUCAAACAAUUCAAAUGGCUAUGGUUUCGAUGAGACUAUAUGCAAGGAAAAGAACGAUAGAAUUUUAUGUGGAUACAAUAAGAAUAAAGAUAACCUUGGAAUUGAGGAAAUGUCGGAAGAAACAGAAAAUGGAUGUCGAAUACGUGGUGACAGAUUAGAGUGUGGAUAUUUAGUUGGUCCAUUCACAAACCCCAGACGUCCACCAGCAAACUACGAAGAAAAUGAAGAUACGAACAAUACACAAUCUGAACUAUAUCAUAAUACAACACAAGCCACUGUAGCGACAUCGGAAAUAACUUCAACCAAAACUCAAACAACAGUUCAAUCACCAAUAUUUCAACAUAGUAAAAAUCUGUCCACAAGCAAACUAAACAUUUCAACGACCAUAACUCCUACCAAGAUAACGACAAAUACAAGACCAGAAUUCCUUAAGAAAUUAAUAGUAAUGCAAAACUCUAAAAACAAAACCUUAAAAACUACUAAAACAAAAUAA